AUUAAGAAUAAUGAUUUUAAUAAGUUUGACGAUGAUUACCAAUAAAUGUUAUUAAAGCAGUAGGUAAAAUUCUGAACAGUGUUUCUCAAAUAAAUCUUUGUAUAACCUAUUUAUGACAAUUAGUUGUCAAUAGAGAAUGAAAUUUUAAAUAAAAGACAGUUUAUGUCGAGCAAACGUGUAGAUCAACAAUAAACAGGUUAAUAGUGCACGUCAGUAAUGAUGUACUGAUGAAGGAAAGAACCGCUACGGUUAAAAUACUGUUUAAAAACGUUUGAUAACAAUAUAAUUAUUAUAACCGAAAAGAACUUCAUAAUGAAUUCUACUCAUGAUCAGGUAUUUUUAGAAAUUUUACAAGAAGAGAGAAAUAUUACGAACUUCUUGGACGCAUUUUUUGGAUUUUUGUACAGAUGUACAGAUUUUUACGUCGAAUCUGGACCAUAUGAAAAAUUAGGAUUUCCAGCUGGUACAAUAGAGAAGCUCGUUUUGCACAGUUUACGAAAAUGGAAAAGUAUUUCUAAAUUCGCGAACGGAACAGACCCAUCGGCCAACCAAGACAUUAUUGUCCAGAAUAACGAUAAAGACCAAGACGAGUCAAUGGCGAUAGAAGAAGAUUCCAUUAUUCCACAAAUGGAUCACGAAGUAGAAAUCGAGACGAGUAAAGAGAAUCAAACGACAAACGUAUCUGCUCGAUUGGCAGAGAGGGAUAGAUCAUCCGAUAGUUACAACGGAGCAGUAAGAGAAAAUUAUACUUGGUCACAAACCAUCGCCGAUAUAGACGUAUUGGUUCAACUUCCUAAUUGUAUCAAAACCGCUAAAGAUUUGAGAAUACAUUUAGAUUCGAAAGAAAUUAAAAUAGAGGCAAGGACAUCAACGGUGGAACAAAAUCAAGAAGCAGAAGAAUGUCGUUAUUUUGUGUGGAGCACAAUAUUUCGAGGCGAAUUAAGUUUCAAAGUACGAAAAGACGAAUCGGUAUGGAGUAUAGUACCUGGGCAACACAUUAGCAUCCAUCUUGAAAAAGCGUCGGAAAGAUGGUGGGAAGCGUUACUCGUUGGUGAGCCAAAAAUUGAUUUGACUAAGAUCGAUUGUUCAAGAAAUUUAGACGAAAUGGGGUCAGAAGAGCAAAUGAAAGUUCAAGAGUUAAUGUGGAAUCAUCAACAAAAACUUCUCGGUAAACCAACUUCCGAACAAAUCAAAAUGGAGAAAGUAUUGAGAAAGGCGUGGGACGCAAAAGGAUCUCCUUUCGAAGGCACACCAUACGAUCCUUCGAUAAUAAACUUCAAUUGAUAUAUUCGUGCCCUAUGUUUCAUUAAUUGUUAUAGCUCAAUCAAUUAAAUUAUACACGAUGAUUUCUA